AUGGGUCUAUACAAGGAUCUUCAAGAUCUGAAUGUUGAAUUCCCUCCAACUCAGACACUUUAUACAGACAUCACAAUUAAUGAUACCAACUUUCCCUCACUCAAGGAUGUAUAUUUUGGAUCACCAUACUCAAUGAACUUGGUCGUCAGUCGAUCAAAGUUGACAACAUUGUUCUUGGAUAGGAAACCAGCAGGUGCUUUACCAAAGAGCAACAUCAAUUUCAUACAGGCUCCAAACUAUCAAUUAUCACUAAGCAAUGUUAAUGUUACAUCAACAGACUUGCGAUCCUCUGGUCUAAGAAUUGUUUCAUUGGAUAAUGUCAAUAAUGAUAUUCAACUUAAGAGUUUGAACCAACUAACUUAUACCAACUCCAUCGUAAAAAUAUUCCCAUCAUUGGACACAAUGAAGGCAAGAGAGUACGAUGAGAAUCGAAACACAUUCGAUAUAAUAUGGAUGGAUAUGCAAGGCAAUGAUCUUACAGGAUCAUUACCACCUUAUGAUUUGGAUUAUGCCAUGUUCAACAACAAUCCAAACUUGAAUGGAGUAUUACCUGACAUAUUCUGUCGUGUUGAUACCAACCAAAUGUCAUUCGUUGGAACAUCAAUCACUGAUGUCCCAGAAUGUUUCAAAUGUUUCUGGUCUGAUGUCAGUGCAUUGUUACCUGCAACUGUUCCAGUGCCACCAGCUGUACCAUGCAACACAACAAUUGAGAAGACCUUCUACUUGCUCACACCAUUUGUUCAGACACUGGAAAUAUUUGGCAACAACCUUGGAUAUGGAAAGGAUGCCACUGCUGGACUAUCAAUGACCGUGCCCAACCUUCACUUCAGAUGGAUCAGCAAACAAGUUGAUUGGGUAUAUGAUUUGAGUAAUCCUUACGAGUUUGAUGCAUUCGUUGAGAGGAUGAAUGAUAAUUGGAGAGUUAGUACACCAGGUCAAUUCAAUACAUCAAUGACUUAUGAGAUGUUGGUCAACAACAAGUGGUAUCCAUGUAACACUACAAAUAGCACAUUGCUCUUAUGUGAGGUCAGUGCCACAUUGAUCACCUACGUCGACAACACGAAUAUUACACUACGUAACAUAUACCAACAGUUCCUUCUCGAGGAAGUCAAGUUAUUCAAAUACCCUUCAAUAUCAUCAUUCUCUAGGACCAUUGACACUAGUAGGAAUGUUAGCUUCUUUGGAUUCUUUGGCAAUUAUGUUGAUAAUACUUCAGUGACUGCCAAGGUCAAUGGAUUGACUUGUACCAUCAAGUAUGCUGAUUCAAACAUGAUCAAUUGUUCCCUGUCCCCUGGUUCAUUAGGCCUCACCAUUGGUUAUGCCAACCUCACCAUCAUAGUCAAUGGUCAACCAUUCAUCUCAAACAAGACUCUAGCAAUAUUCCCAUCAGAGGAAGUUGAUGAUUGUGGAAUAGGUUGUAAUAAUAAUGGACAAUGUGUAGAUCAUAAGUGUCAAUGCUUCAAGGGAUUCAGUGGAUACUAUUGUGAGUCAACAUUGCAGCGCAAUGUAACAGUUCUGUCCGACCCAAAGGUUCCAGCAGCAAUAAUCCAAUCAAAUGGUACUUCAUUGCUAUUGAACAUUGUUGCCAUUCAAGAAUUGAAUCAAGAAGGUAACAUUGUCUAUGAGCAGAGGAUCAACAAUUGGACAAGAGACAGCAACCCUGUCGUCACGAAAGGUGUCAAGUCCGACAGAUACAGGCUCAACACACCAGAGUAUGGGGACUACCAAGUGACCAUCACACUGGACGUCGGGUCUGAGGACAGAGUGGUGGACUUUGCCGGCCAACAUGUUAGGUACACUCCCAACUCACUCAAGAUGACCAUGACCAUCGACUAUUGGUACUUCCACUCCAACCUCAACACACUGCGAGUGGUCAUUCAGAAGGAUGGCUCGAUGAUCAAUGACACCAGCGCGUGUGGAGCCAAGAAUGUCGUGUCAAUCGACGCCUACCAGAACCUCCAGUACCUCAAGGUGAUUAGCAACGGUGUGGAGAUGUACGGUCGUUUCCUCCCACUGGGCGUGGCCGAUGGCCGUCCAUCACUCGUACGCAAUGAGAUCAUCAACACGACCACCAACUCUACAUUCUUUGGCAUCAACAUGUUCCACUGUCGACAACAAUGUAUGAUUGAUCCUGACUUCUCUGUGCUGGUCGAUGCCAACCCUGUGCCAAUGGACCAAUGCACGACGAAACCAAACGAUCGUUGGAAGAUACCAGUGAUCGUUGUAACAGUCAGUGUUGGAGCGAUAGUCAUUAUCGCGGUCGUCGCCAAAGUAGUGAUCAAUCAACUACAAGGUCGCAAGCUACAUCACGUUGUCUCGCACAAGUUACACAAGAUGACAAACAAGAACUCAAACGUUAUUAGGAUGUGA